AUGCCUACUGAUGAAAUGGGUGCCAUAGAUGGACAAGUAGGAGUUGUCUCCCCUCUACGACAGACAGUAGAUGCCAGUAUUGAUUUUAUAGGAGGUGUCAAUGGUGGAAUAGCCAAUGUCAUAGUUGGACAGUCCCUGGACACAGUUAAGGUGAAGAUGCAGACUUUUCCAGGAAUAUAUAAAAAUGCAUUUGAUUGUUUUAUGAAAACUUACAGACAGGAUGGUAUAAGGGGACUAUAUGCUGGCACCAUUCCAGCCAUGACGGCCAAUAUUGCUGAGAACUCUGUCCUUUUCAUGUUCUAUGGUCUCUGUCAGAAGCUUGUCAUGAACGUUUCUAAAAAGAAAAGUGUAGCAGACCUGAAUCCAGUGGAGAAUGCUUUAUCAGGGAGUGGAGCGGCUUUCUUCUGCUCAUUCACACUUUGUCCAACAGAGCUCAUCAAAUGUCGUCUACAGGCCAUGAGAGAAAUGGCAACACAUGGAAAAUUGGAAGGAGGCAUGGAAAAAAUGAAAAUUGGUCCCUGGGGACUGACAAAAGAUAUCCUGCGACAGGAAGGAAUUGGGGGCAUGUUUAAAGGCCUCACCAGUACCAUGGCUAGGGAGAUGCCUGGCUACUUCUUCUUCUUCGGAGGCUAUGAAAUCUCACGUCACUACCUCACACCUCCAGGCAAAACAAAAGAUGAAAUUGGUGUGUGGCGAACAGUAGUGUCGGGAGGUAUAGGAGGUGUUUGUUUAUGGACUGCCAUCUUCCCUACUGAUGUCGUCAAGUCCAGAAUACAAGUCGAGAGUACAGUGGGCACCAAGGCUCCAUCCUUUUACAAAACUCUCACACACAUCGGGAAGACAGAAGGUAUCAGAGCACUAUAUAAUGGACUAGGGCCAACCAUCGUUAGGACCUUUCCUUCUACGGGUGCCUUGUUUCUCACCUAUGAAACAACGAAGAAAGUGCUGACGGACUUCGCUGACAGAAAUAUGUGAUACAUGACCAUGAUGUAGAUCUUCAUUCGUAUAGUUAUGUCAGUUCAAAAAAAAGUUGGAUAUGUUUAUGUGAGACAUUGAUUUGAAGUAUGUAUGAUAUUAAUCUUUGUUUUGCCGUUGUUUUAGAUAGCAAUCCAAUGUGUAGGGACUAUUUUCACUGCAGUGCAAUGCUCUGAUCCUGAUAAAUUCAUGAGGUGAACAUUUGUGAUCAAACAAUACUCAGGAGCUAGCACUAGCUAGAAAUACAGACUGGAAACUAAUUUUACAUUGUCAUGGUUUCAGUAAACACUAAUUUAUAGCAGUGUUGCCAACUCACCUGAUGUCAUCUGGUCAUUCUGGUUUUGGCCAUAUCAUGACCUGCUCAGAUCAUGAAAAAUGCUAAAA